UCUCAGGAGUUUGUUUGGAAGACACACAGGUGUUCGGUUCUUCACAACAAAAGUUUUGGUUUAUUGUUGGUUGAGGUUUACAGUUACUUUUUCUCAAGUUUUGGUUCUUCCUUGUAAUUUAUUUAUACUUUAUAUUUUGGAGUUUUUUUUGUUGCUCAUUGCUCACUCACGCCCUGGAAUAAAAAAAACAAGAUGUCGGAAACAGACAAGUUCCUUGCCCCUUUCCCUCCGCCGCCCAAGAAUGUGAAUGGUUCCAGCUCGGACACGUACCUUGGUGAGAAUUUGGGAACCGACGGUGUCCGCCGACGCCGCCACACCAUGGACCGCGACCCCAAACAGGCCGAGCAUCGCUUCUUCCGGCGCAGCGUCAUCUGUGACUCGAACGCCACCGCAUUAGACCUCCCCAGCAAGGCCGUCAUCCUCACCUCCCCGCCUGACUGUGAGCCCCCA